AUGUCGCAGUACCGUUUGGUUCGCGCAUUUCGCCAGCUUAUUCGGAACCACGUUUGUGUUUUUACACUAAACGCAUGCCGCGGGUCGAGGCCCACGGCCCGCCCGCGGGCCACAUUUCAGUUCUCAUCCUUGGAUCCAUUCCGUUUUCUGAAGGGACUUCAUCUGCGGAAAACGAGCAAAGAUCAGCGCUCUCCUCUUCGCUGCACUCCAGCUCUACCAUUACCCCAUCGCUCCGAUUACUCGCAGCCUCCUCCGCCUCCGAUCUACACUACAGCAAUGAUGGGGCCGGAGACCACCUCCGGCUCCGAUUCCUCGCUCUCUGCCGAUGUCAGGGCUUCCCUUCCCCUCUCACCUUCUUUAUCGUCCCCCUCUAUCUACCGCAGCGCCGUUAGUGGCGAUCUAUUCCUUACUCCAUCUUCCUCAUCUUUCUCUUCUCCAUCCUCCUUCGUCGACCCCCCUUCAUACGCGGAUGUGGUUUUCCGGCCGGUCGAGCCACAGAAUGGCGGAGAUUCUACUUCGAGAAACGAGACGGUUUCUGCAAGAUCCGGCCGCGCCUCCACCUCUGAUUAUUUGGAGAUCACUGUCACUGACCCCCAGAAGGAGAGCGAUUCAGCGACCUCACUUGUUCCUGGUGGCGGCGCCUACAUAACGUAUCUCAUAACCACACGCGUACGCGGGGCUGCAGCCCCAUACGUCGUACGACGCCGAUUCCGCGACGUGGUCACGCUGGGUGAUCGUCUGGCCGAAUCCUACCGCGGCUUCUUCAUCCCCAUCCGCCCCGAUAAGAACGUGGUUGAGAGUCAGGUGAUGCAGAGGCAAGAUUUUGUGGAACAGCGGAGGGAUGCUUUGGAGAAGUACUUUCAGCGCCUUGCGGCGCAUCCGGUCGUUGGGCGCAGUGAGGAGCUUAGGGUUUUUCUCCAAGCGCAGGGGAAGCUGCCAUUAACGCCAACGACGGACAUGGCUUCGAGGGUGCUUGACGGGGCGGUGCGACUCCCGGGGCAGUUAUUUGGGGAUGGAGUGCGCGGGAGCGGGGCACCACAGGAGGUGGUGCAGCCGGCGAGGGGUGGAAGGGAUUUGUUGAGGAUGUUCAAAGAGUUGAAGCAGUCCAUGACGAACGAUUGGGUAGGGACGAAACCAUUGCUGGUGGAAGAAGACAAAGAGCUUUUGGAGAGAGAAGGAAAUAUUCAGGAACUCGCCCUGCAGCUCAAUGCUACCUCAGAACAGGUAUUCUGAUUUGAGAACACGUUU